AAUAAAAGGACCUCAUGUGCCGGCCAUUCCUACACGUUUCCACCCUCGUUGCCAUCAUCUCGAGACUUGGUCUACGAAGUACACUCAUUGCUGCACUCUAUACAGUCUUUACCUCAAACACAAUGCAGCUCAAGAACGUCAUCCUGACUGUGGCCUUGACCCUGACCACCUCCGUCUUCGCGGCUACGAGCGCCUCUGACCUCGCCAUUGGCUUGCAAAACAACAUUGCUGGACUUGAUAUCGGCCAGAAGCAGACCACUCUGCUCUUGAAUCACCUAGCUCACCAUACCGCUGGUGUCACUGCUGAUAAUGUUGUAUCCUCUUACAACGCCACUGCCACUACCGAGGCCGAGGACUUGGCUAUGAUGAACAUGAUGGAGAUCGACGAGGCGCCAGGUGAUGCCAUUCAGAUGGUUCUCUGCCAGGCCUUCCACGGGUUUGCUCUUAGCAGUAUUGAAGCCAACAACGCCUUCAUCGAUUACGCCAUGUCCUUCAACAAAACCCAGCGCAAGACUCUGCGUGAUGCCAUCGCUCGGAACAAGGAUAACGUUUCUGCUUUCCUCGAUCGUGUCGCCAGCAAAGCAUUGCCCUUCUGCGUCUCCACCAUCAAGAUUGACAACUCUGCCAUGUACGCUUCUCUCGACAAGGCCUCCAAGGCGCUUGACUCCAAGGAGUCCCUGCUGUAGAUCUCCUGGUACCAAGCUUCUCAAGAAGUCGACGUGCCGUGACAAUCUUUGCAGAUAUGGUGUGAGAGAGAACCGAGUCUUCAAAACUCUCGGUUGUCAAAAGUUCCAUUCGAUCCGGAUGCAGCCAGAGUUAAGCCAAAUGUUUGAUAGCGUCUACAUCCUCCAUUCUCAGCUAUGACUUUUCUUUUCAGCCAACAAUACCAUAAUGUGGAUAGAUAGUCUGAUUAGCUGCUAUAUCAUUAUCUAAUACACAAUUUGCAUAGCGAAGAAGCAAGCAGACAGACUAAAUUGUGCAACCAUGUUAUACCGAAG